AUGUACUCACGAUCUACCCGUCGUUCCAAAUUAAAUCUUUCUCGAGAGUCAUAUCUACAAGAAGACCAAACCACAUCAUUUGAGAAUCCGAAAUUUAUGAUGCAGAGCCAACAUGAUCUACCCACCUUUACUCAAAAUUCAAAAGAAGCUUCAAUGCUUUAUUCAAUGCUUCCAAAUAUCGUACAAUCACGUUUACCUCGCAUACCGUCAAUUCGAAAGUCCGUUGACAUAUAUGGAUUUGUGAGUGGCCGAAAAUCUGAAAGCACGCUAUCUGGAGCAAGUACACCAGGAUCCCCAUCGUCAUCGUCAACAAUGACCCUCGUCAACGAACGAAGCUCUGUAUCUAGUGAUGGAGAAACGGAUAGCUAUUUCUUAGACGAUUCGCACUCUUCCGAUGAGGAUUUCCCUCAACCCCUCAAGAAUGGGCAGCUCCAGACGAUAGGAUUGUCUGAGACAAAGUCAGGCAUUGGAUGGAAAUUUGCAAAUCAAGGAUAUAAUCUUCUUGCUCUUUCAUUUGAGGAAUCAUCGGCAAUUCCCCAAAAUACUCGAUUUAGCAAUACUUCCUUAGCGAGACAACUUUAUGUCCACGCCUUGACCUACUUACUCCGAGCUCUUCCCUCUGAUCUCUCGACAGAAGAAAAGAUGAGCCUACAAAGUGCUAUACCAACAGAAAUAGUAGAGUCCCUACAAGAAGAAUCCCACGCCAGUGAAAAUGGUCAAGAUUCAAAUGCUGGUGAACCCCCUUCGUUACUUCAAAGAAGCAUCGCAGCUAUCAUCAUUCAACUAUUUAUAUUGUUCCAAUUUAUCUUACCAUAUUUGAAACACAUACUCUCGUCAGCAUAUCAAUACGAUCGAACUCAUAAGAUAUCAGAAAAGGUUCUGUCCAAGGGUAUAGUAACAGUUGAUACGAUCGGAAAAUCGAGCUUGGCAGUUACAGGCGCGGUUUAUGGAAUGAGUGAUGGGAAAGUUGGACAAGCUCUUACGGAUGCAGCGGCUUGGAUUCUUGAGGGAGUUACUGGGGGUGUACAUGAAGGUGUUAGUGAGGGAUUGAUUAUGUUGGGUGCGAGGAAUGGUACUUCGUCUAAGAAAAAGUAA